AUGGCUACAGACCAGACAUUUUCAGGGGGUCAGGAGAAACCCCAAGGCAGCCCCAGGUCAGAGCUGCAGCAGUCUGUACCAUCGCCAGGAGCCCUCACUGGGAGGCAAGACGGCAACUGUGAGACUUGGCACCUGAGCUUCAGGGCGUUUACGAGCUCCGAGAAGUCGGACCCCCUCGAUGACCUGGGGAGGCUCUGUGAGCUCUGCUACCUGUGGCUAAGGCCGGACCUUCACACCAAGGAGCAGAUCCUGGACACGCUGGUGAUGGAGCAGUUCAUGAUCUCCAUGCCUCAGGAGCUUCAGGUCUUAGUCAAGGAAAGUGGUGUGCAGAGCUGCAAAGACUUGCGGGACCUGCUGAGAAGCAACCGGACCCCCAAGAAAUGGACCAUAGUCACCUUACAAGGACAGGAAUUUCUUGUGCAAAGUUCAGAUGUUCAGAUGGCUGAAGCUGAGGGCAGUGACAUGGACCUCGUGACGGACUUGUCCAAGAAGCCCCAAUCCUCUGUGAGCGAGACACGUCCAGAGGACAGCCAGAAGGUCAGCAGAGAGCUGCAGAAUCUGCCAGGAGUCAAUGAACCGUCAACAGGGCAGGGACAGAACGUUCUCCUGCCAGAGACCAUUCCUGGGAAAGGUGUAUGGAAGGGUCUGAGACCCAAGGAGAACUUGAAGAAGAAUCUGAUGGAAGAUCUGGAGGAGACAACAAUACAGACAUCCCAAGAGCCUCAGCUUCUGCAGGGUCCUGAUUCUACGAGGGCAGACGGUGGGAAGAAUCUCCAAGAAGGAACCGGUAUUAUGAAUGUGGAUGCCGACACACCUCCCACCCACGUUUCAGAGAGACAAAUUUCCACUCGGAGUGGUAACAGAAGAGAUUCUCAGAAGAGUCCAAGAAAUCCCAAAGGAAGAAAACUGGACAACAUCUCCAUUUCCAAAGAAGUGCCCCAAGAGGGGACCCCACAUUUGGCCAAAGGAGAAUUCUCAGCUCAACCUGUGUCCCAUUCGGUCCAUCCUGUUGGGAAAAAAACCACGGGACAGACACCAGCCCUAUGCAGCAUAUGUAAGAAAGGAUUUCGUUAUAAGUCCCAGUUUCACAUUCACUGGAGGACACACACGGGAGAGAGGCCUUUCAAAUGCGAUACCUGUUCUGGGGGUUUCAUGCAGCCUUCAGACCUCCGAGUCCACCAGCGGAUCCACACAGGCGAGAAGCCAUACUCCUGUGACCUCUGCCACAAGACAUUCACCCACGACUCCACCCUGCGGAGUCACUGGAGGGUCCACACAAAGGAGAAGCCUUACCCGUGUGAAGACUGCGGGAAAACUUUUAGCCACAAAGGGAACCUCAACGUCCACCGACGCACCCACUCGGGAUUAAAACCCUACACAUGUCACGAGUGUAACUGCGCCUUUCGUCAGCUGGGAACUUUUAAACGCCACCAAAAAACACAUAGAGAAAGCACA